CCUCCCCGCGCAGGUCCCGACUCCAGCCGCACCUCCUCCGGCUCUGCAGCGGCGGCGGGGCGGCGAGCCGAGCGCCUGCGGCGGGGCCGGGGCCGAGCCGAGCCGGGGUCGGGCAGCAGCGGGGACCCCCCUGGAGGCGGGGCCUGAGGGACCGCGAUGGGCGUGGAGAUCGAGACCAUCUCCCCCGGAGACGGAAGGACGUUCCCCAAGAAGGGCCAGACGUGUGUGGUGCACUACACAGGAAUGCUCCAAAAUGGGAAGAAAUUUGAUUCAUCCAGAGACAGAAACAAACCUUUCAAGUUCAGAAUUGGCAAACAGGAAGUCAUCAAAGGCUUUGAGGAAGGUGCAGCUCAGCUCGGUCCUCUUUCUCCUCUCCCCAUCUGCCCCCAUCCCUGCCAGAUGAGCUUGGGGCAGAGGGCGAAGCUGACCUGCACCCCUGACGUGGCAUAUGGAGCCACAGGCCACCCCGGUGUCAUUCCUCCCAAUGCCACCCUCAUCUUUGACGUGGAGCUGCUCAACUUAGAGUGAAGGCAGGAAGGCGCUGGCGGCGGCCACUCACCCUGCCAGCCUGCGCCACCGCUGGGACGGCCUCCAGUGCGGGGCCCUCGAUCAGUGCGCUCACCUCACUCCCCCUCAGCAUCGUCCACCCUCUCUGCCUCAGCUGCUCUGUGUUCCUCAUUGUUCACACACAUCUUCGCCUGAGGAAACUUCGGUUGCAGACGGAACAUUCCAGGUUGUGCGUUUUGUGCGAUGCAUGUAGCAGCCCUUCCUAACCACAGAACAGUUGUCUGGCUCACAUAAUCACUGCCUUACCUCCACUGAGGCCAGACACACAAGGUGCUCAGACAUGCAAUUGUCCACGGGGUACACGGAGGGACUGGAGUCGGUCACCUAUGUUGUCACUGUCUCUCUUCCUGUUGGCUGCUCAAACAGUGUCCUUGGAAAUGAUCUGUAAAAUAAAGGCUCUGUGCUU